UAGUUGCACUUCGCGUGUUCAGUGGCCCAACUUGACACUUUACUAGACGUGGUGAAAACGGCUGUGCAUCUUUAAAUCGAUAUCUGUAUAGUUCUGUCUCUUAGUUCUGGAAUUCAAAACGAAAUAUAAGAAGAGGCAAAUGUAGGACACUGUGCUUCACAACCAGCUAUCAAGUUAGGGAAAUGUGUACAUUCGUUUUCUAUCUAAAAUGGAAGAAGACGAAUGAUGUUUAAGGUCUCGUUUGAUUGUUCCAGCAUUUCCGACACUGCCUCCACGAAAUUUGAAGAGAAGUAUUGUUUAACGUUUGAAAUAUCGACCCGUUCCAUAUUUAUAUUGCAAUUGUCUCGAAUAAGUUCCAAAACUAUGGCUGAUUGGAAAUCUCUAAAACUUCGCCUGACUGUCAAUCCCUAGAGACUGGCUGAUUGGAAAUCCCGAGAACUGUGGCUAAUCGUGAAUUCCUAGAAACCGUGGCUCACUGUGAAUCCCCAAAACUGAAGCUGAUUCCGAAUCCCUAGAAAUGUAGCAUACUGGAAAUUCGAAGGACUUUGGAUGAAAGUAAAUAUGAAAUCAAAGAGAAAUAGCGCCAGUAAUUGUAACAACGCUACGUCCCUUACUGAUACCGAAGUGACUGAAAAACGCCAGUCUCUGGUCGUUGGCUUCACCUGGGCGUUGUUUUCUUGAGCACUUCUGAUUCUGAACAGAGGCUGACUCUACCUUCGUGUAACAGCGUCUGACUGUAAAUCCCAGGUGCUGUGGCUGACUUUAGAUGCCCGACAACAAAGAAGUCGCAGCCCUUGAACUUUUACAAAAAGAGAAAGAGCAGGACUCCCAACCAUGUCUCUUUCUUGGUUAAUGCACAAACUGAGAGGAGAGGAAAGAAGUCAUCCGAACAGGCCAAUGGGUGUUGAACAUGAGCACCAGAGGAAAAGGACUUCUUCUCACAGUAACGUUGUCGACGAGUACCCGGCGACACUGCGCUUAGACGCCAGAAAGAAAUCGGUGGAUAUCGCGAAAGUUCAUGACGUCAGGACAUUGAGACCCCAGAGCCAUUCGCAGGCCAUCGAUGUCAGGAAUACUAACGCGGCAGUGAAUACGAACACAAUGCAUUCCAGAGGCGCUUCUAGAUCGAAGAGUUUCAUAUCCGGGUCACCUGGCUGCUCCAGCGUAUCCGGCCUGGCCACUGGACGGAUGUACGUUGCCCUGUACGACUACGACGCGAGAACGGAUCAGGAUCUCAGCUUCAGGAGAUGCGAGCACCUGGAGGUCCUGGAACCGUCAUCGAACGACUGGUGGCUGGCAAAGAGUCACGUGACUGGACUUCAAGGCUUCAUCCCGGCUAAUUACGUCGCUCAGCUGAAGAGCAUCGAGGCAGAGGAGUGGUACUUCGGCAACAUCAGGAGAGCAGAGGCUGAAAGACGUUUGAUGUUCCACGAAAAUGACCACGGAAGUUUCCUCAUUCGAGACUCUGAGAGUAGGAAGAAUGAAUUCUCCCUCUCAGUGAGAGAUGGCGACAAAGUGCGGCACUACAGAGUCCGACCCAGAGACCACGGUGGAUUCUUCAUCACGAGGAGGGAUCCCUUUUCUUCCCUUCACGAUCUCGUGGACUUCUACAGCAAUGACGCUGCAGGAUUAUGCACCAGGCUCAACAGGCCUUGCGCUAGGGUGGACAAACCCGACACGGUCGGGUUGUCUUAUAAUACGUGGGACACCUGGGAGAUUCCGAGGGACCAGAUCAUAAUGAAAAGAUUUCUGGGGUCAGGACAUUUCGGUGAAGUUUAUGAGGGACGUUGGAACAAGACUGUGCCAGUAGCCGUCAAGACUCUGAGAGCUGGAAAAAUGCACGCGGACGAAUUCCUCGCUGAGGCUCAGUUCUUGAAGAAAUUACGUCAUCAAAAACUGUUACAGCUCUAUGGCGUGUGUACAAGAGAUGAGCCCGUGUUCAUUAUAACAGAACUAAUGCAGAAUGGGGCGUUGCUUGAUUAUUUACGGGGUUUUGGAAGAGGGAUGGCACUAGCAGACCAGGUCUACAUAGGAGCUCAAGUAGCAGCUGGGAUGGAAUACUUGGAAGCAGAGAACUACAUCCACAGAGAUUUGGCAGCUAGGAAUGUCUUGGUCGGCAAAAAUCAUAUCGUCAAAGUGGCAGAUUUCGGUUUGUCGAGACUCGUCAAGGCAAAAGAAUACCAGGCACAGGAAGGGGCGAAGUUCCCCAUCAAGUGGACGGCUCCUGAAGCUCUGAACUACAACAAAUUCACCACCAAAUCCGACGUUUGGUCCUUCGGCGUCCUCAUGAUGGAGAUCAUGACUUAUGGCGCAGUUCCUUAUCCCGGAAUGACGAACGCCGAAGUUGCCGACCAGAUAGAGAAGGGAUACCGGAUGCCACAGCCUCCAACUUGCCCGAAUAACAUGUACAACAUCAUGCUGGAGACUUGGGCCAAGGACCCAAACAAGAGGCCGACGUUCUCCACUCUGAGGUGGAAGCUGGACGAUUACUUCACCCUCGAUGACUCCGACUACAGGGAUGCUGACCAAGUUCCUUGAGAUGCAUGAAAGGCUGUGUCUUGGGAAAAAAAAGACGUGAUUAUGUCAAUGUUAAUUAUUUGAUUUGGUCGAAAUAUGUAUAUUCUUGUUUCGUAAAUAUUGAUCAUUCGGUUACAGUAUGUCAACCGAGUUGCUUCUGGUUUAUGAAAGAUUUUGUGUUACCGAAAGAGAAAUGUUUGUUCUAACGUUUAUUAAAAGCAUCACGUCGCUCUGAGAGCUGUUUGGGUGCAGGCAGCGAAUGUUCAUUAUACGGUUUUUGUAAACAGUGACCCUUAGUCGCGUCGUCACUUCACUUGCUUUUAUCGUAAGAGUUCUUUACAUUUCGACAGUGAAAACUUACAAACAGUACAUAUACUUUUUGUAAAUAUUGGUCGGCUGGUUAAAACAGUUUCUACUUGCUUUGCAGCGCUCCUUGAAUUCGAAAUAAAAUUUCUCUGUCUCAUGCACAAUCACUCGUAGAAAUGUGCGGUUCAUGAAGAUCUUAAUCAGGUAAUUUAACUGGCAUUUUAAAUCCUGUUGUAUGUGGCUACUGAUUUUCUUACAUUCAAAGGAUAGCUUGUUAUUAAUACAAUGCACUUCAUCCCCAAAUAACUGACAGAUAUCCACCAAUUCUUCAGAGAAUGUUUCAGUUAACCCGGAAUUUCCAGCAUGCAAAGGAAUUGUUUAAUACUUCAUGAGUAAGUCCUGGUGUUGGAGAGUUGCAGAAAUCUCUCAAACAAUUCCAUAAAUUCCAACAGAAAUCAAUUAACGAUUAUCUUUGCUUUUGGUGAAAUUAUCAGAUAAGGAAAAGUCGUAACAAAUAACAUUUGGUCCAUAAAUCAUAGAGAAGUCGGUUUUAUGAAAACUUGAUGCUGAGACGAAUGAUGCCAAUUUUGUCUUAUGCUAAGUAAUAACUAAAACUGCAUCGUUCCUGGGAGCUUGUUAAUCACACCGAGUUUAUGAUAUACCUGACGCCUUUUUUUCUGUAUGUAAUGUGCUUGUAUACAAUAUAUAUAUAUAUAUAUAUUAUAUAUAUAUAUAUAUAUAUAUAUAUAUAUAUAUAUAUAUAUAUAUAUGGUGUAACACGAGUUUAUGCAAAUAUUUAGGGAAAGGAAAGAAGUCAUUCUGAGCAGAAAAUGUUUCAUAAACAUGUACAUUUUAGUGUGUCGAUUGUUGGCGGGGUGAAUUUUUAAAAUAACAAUUAUCAUUAUAUGGCCAAGUAAGAUGGCUCACGUAGGAUGCUGGAAUAGUUACGGAUAGAGGGCUGGGGAUGAAGCUGAUCAGUUCUACUCUAAACAGCGUCCCUUUUUCGCCAAGACACUGUCCGGGUUACGAGUGCCAGAUUCCUUACUCAUUUUGUGAGCAAGAAACUUGAGAUAAUGCCUUACCGUUUCGGUAAUGUGGAGUAUGCAGAUAAGAGGUUUAUUUAUGGGUUUUGCAACAGUGAACUCCACUGUUAUAAAAAAGGAAAUAGGUGAUUAGGUCGAUGUGAAUAAAAUACUUCCGAAUUAAAUGCAUUUUUUAGAUGCUGAACAAAGGGGAAAUAUGCGUACAUCAUUGAAUCCUUCUCCCUCUCCGUCAAUGGUAUUCACUGGACUCCGAUAAAGAAAAGAAAAGCAUGCCGAAUGGAAUCUCUCCUCCAUCAAAGUAGGCCUAUUCAUUACACACCGAUCAAAGAUUUAAAACAUCAAAAACCUCUCCUCCAUCCAAAGUAUUCAUCACACACCAGUCGAAGGAAACAUCACACUUAAGAAAAUGCUCGUCUCUGUCAGAUGAAAAAGACUUUCUUGAGACGUAAUUAGCUAACCAUUAAAAUAAGAUUACGGUGAAGUCUUUUUCACGGGUGAUUUACUAAUUGUAGGGACUGUAAUAUUUGUUACAUUUUUCAAAAACCUGCCAGAAAAAAACCAUAAUUAAAAGACUAUCAAUCUACUUGACUAAUGCACUUCAUCAACCCUUCCCACUCAUAUCCUCAGACAUUGUAUACGCCAUCUUGGCCGAGAGCCGCACUAAGGAAAAAAUGUUAUGUUAUCUUAAAAAUUCACUUCACCAAGAAACGAAGCUUUAAUAUGUGUAUAUUUAUAUAACAUUUUCUGCUUAGAACAACUUUUUUUCAUUUCCAGAAAUAUCUAUCUAUCUAUCUAUCUAUCUAUCUAUCUAUCUAUCUAUCUAUCUAUCUAUAUAUAUAU